AUGGACGAAGAAUUGAGUAAUUGGGGCGAUCGACGAGAUCCACCAUCAGUUGGACUGGAAAACGUGCCGAAGGUAAGUCAACCUGAAAUUUCAGUCCAAACUUUCUUGAAAAGUAAAAGAAGAUCACAAUUUAUGAUCAGCUGAAAGGUUUAGCAGCUUUGAUAGAACAGUGUGGCAAGUGGUAAAACUCGAAUCAGUCGUAUUAUGGCCGAAUUAAAGUCUUGUUUACAACAAGCCGAAGAAUUGAAUGUUUAGUAUCUGUCGUUUAUUUCUGACUCCGAGCACGAUAAAGUACUUGAAUGGCACGAUGUAGAUCUUGUUAGAGCUACAGAAGCAUUGGAUGAGGUAGUAGAACAUUUAAAGGCGAGAACGAGUGAAGAAUCGUUUGUAUUGAGUUCGAAGGCUUCGUUUAAGAGUAGUAGGGAUCCGUUGGCUUUCAAAGCGAAAGCAGCCGCUACAAUAGCGUACGUCAAAAGGCAAAAGGUACUGUCAAAGAAAAAUUGCGAGAAAUUGAAAAUCAAGCUGAGUUACAGCGAAAAUUGUUUAAAGUUAAGGAAGAAGCUGAGCGAGUGCGAUUAGAAGCAGAACUUGAACUUGAGAAACAACGUCCCACCUCUGAAGAAGCGCAGGAAAUGAGACAUUGGAAGCCGAAGCAGUUCGACUUAGCUGAAGUUCAAGCCGUACAAAACGACGAAGGUGGCCACGGCAGUCUGGAG